UGCAGAGUUAAUCAAGUAGAGAGUAAUAGAGAAGAAGCAUACUAGUCUCCUUCUCCAAUGGCAACACCACUCAUCAUCAUCAUCAUCAUCGUCAUCAUCAUCAUCAUCAGUUUUAGUUACAAACUCAUCUUCUCCGGCGGCAACAAACCCAAAGUGCUUCCUUCACCUCCGGCACUACCCAUCAUCGGCAACCUCCUCCAGCUAACUUCUCUUCCCCACCGCUCCUUCCAUGCACUCUCCCAAACAUACGGCCCUCUCAUGCUUGUCCACAUCGGCCAAGUUCCCACACUCAUUGUCUCCUCACCGGACAUGGCCCAUGAAGUUCUCAAAACCCAUGACCUCGCCUUCGCCAACCGUCCCUUCUCCAAGCCAUUCUUCAAGCUCAGCCACGGUGGCCGCAACAUCUCCUUUUCUCAGUACGGCGACUACUGGCGCCAAACCAAGAAGCUCGCCGUCGUUUACCUUCUUAACCACAAGCGUGUCCAGUCUUUUCAUAGUCUCCGGCAACACCAAGCUUCUCUUAUGAUUCAAAAGAUCACCGGUAGUAAAGAGGAGGAGGUGAUGAAUGUCAGUGAGAUUGUGUAUGAGUAUUCACACAAAGUGGUAAGCAGAGCGGCGGCCGGGACGUUGGGGAAUGCGGAGAAGUUUAAGGAGAUGGCGGAGGAGGCGUCGGUGUUGUUUGGAGGGUUUCAGGUUUAUGAUAUGUUUCCGGCGAUGGGAUGGUUGAGUGUGGUGAUGGGUUUAGAUGGGAAGCUGGAGAGAGUGACGAGGAAGUUGGAUAUGUUUCUUAGUGAGAUAGUGGAGGAGCAUGUUGAUCGCCGGCAACAUGGCGGCGCCGGAGAGGAGGAGGAGGAGGAGGAGGAGCAGGAGGACUUCGUUGACCUGCUGUUGGCGUUGAAAGAGGAGGGAGCCAUCGCUCAUGAAAACAUCAGGGCUAUAAUCAUGGAUAUAAUAGGAGCUGGAACGGAUACAUCAUCUGUGACCUUAGAAUGGGCAAUGUCUGAACUUAUGAAGAACCCAAGGACAAUGAAGAAAGCUCAGGAUGAAGUGAGGCAGAGAAGUAAUGGCAAACCAACAGUCUCUGAGAAUGAUAUUCCUCAGAUGAGCUACUUAAAAGCAGUAAUCAAAGAAGUGUUACGACUGCACCCUCCUGCUCCAUUGCUACUCCCUCAUGAAUCUCUCCAGAAGGUUGUGAUACAAGGCUAUGAGAUCCCUGAAAGGACAAGAGUAAUGAUCAAUGCAUGGUCCAUUGGAAGGGACCCAAAUUCAUGGGAAGAUCCGGAGGAGUUCAAACCUGAGAGAUUUAUUGGUAGCUCUGUGGAUUUCAAGGGACUUGACUUCAAGUUCAUCCCAUUUGGUGCAGGGAGGAGGAUAUGCCCGGGAACAAACUUUGCGAUCACUUCAAUAGAGUUUGCACUAGCAAGUCUUCUGUAUCACUUCAACUGGAGGUUGCCUGAUGGGAUGAGUGUCGAAGAUUUGGACAUGCAAGAAGCUCCUGGACUUACAACAACAAGAAAGCAGAGUCUUCACCUCAUUGCAACUCCCUACUUACCACAAGUGUUUGUUUAGAAUACCAUAUGGUCUUCAAACAUGGUUCAUAAACUGCUUAACAUAAUAUAUAUAUAGCAAACUAAAAAUAAAUCAUGAAAAGAAGAAACAUGAAUGGCAGAUUUUGUUUUU